AAGCGAAGAUAUUUUGGAGAGGUGUAUAUAAAAUUCACUUUUACAUUGACGAAUCGUAUAAGAAACAUUAACAUGGAAUCGGUCGGUAAAAUGCAAGAUGAAGCUCUGAAAAGGAAAGAACGCCUUAAAGCGUUGAAAGAAAAGAAGAGGACUGAAAUAUCAGACUCACCAAUGCCAUCAGAGGAAGAACAAUUACCAAAACCUGUGUUUCGAAGUUACAAACCAAUGGAUGAAAACUUACAAGAAUCCAAACUUCCACAAGUGAAGCCAUCAGAUGUCACUGACAAGAUCAAAUCACAUUUGGAAGCUGCAACAGAAGAUACAGGUAUAGAGGAAGUGGAUCUGAUAAACCUGGCCCCCAGAAAGCCUGACUGGGAUCUUAAAAGAGAUGUGGCCAAAAAGUUGGAGAAGCUAGAGAGAAAGACCCAGCGAGCUAUUGCAGAGCUCAUCAGAGAACGUUUGCAGGCCAGUAAUGAAGAUUUGGCACUUGCUGUGAAUGCAGCCACUGCUGAUACGCGAAAUGAAAACGACGAUGACGAAGAUUGACGGACAAAUGUGGCAGAGAUGGACACGCAUUAAUUAUUGACUAAUGAAAGAGAGAUAACUCUUGUCAAAGUGGCGAAGAUGUAACCCACGAUGCAAGAAAGACAACUCUACCGUGUGUUAAAUUUCAACGAAUGCGCGGCAAAGCAAACUGCGAUGGUCGUAAAGUGAUUUAAAAGAGUGUAUUCGUGAAAUAUGUGUCACUUAUAAGUGUUCAUCAUGUAAACUCUUUAUACAGAGAAAUUUUACACUGAGAAACAGGAAAUGAUUUUUAUGCGCGAUAAAUGAUGAAAACGGUAACAAUAAACUUUAUACACCUUAGCUGCUUUGUUGUGAUAAUAAAAGCUAUAUGAUAUUCA